AUGGCGUCAGUGUUGCCAUUGGUGUCAUGGCUGGUACCUUUGCUUUCGUGUACGAUCGCGGUGCAGGCAUCAUGUGAGGGUGACUCAUGUGCACAUGCAGCGCAGAGCCCAUCGUUACUUUCUGUGAAAUCAGAGCUGCACAGCGUGCUGGCCUCGGCGACAGCCACGUUGCCGGGCUUGGACCUCAGUGAUGGCAACGGCAGCACCUUAAACGACAGCGUGGAGACGAUGAUCAGGGCCAAUUUGGCACAUGACUUUGAGGAACAUCAUAACAUUCCGGAUCCUGCCACCAACCAAACGGAGGGUGAUUCUGGGAUGGGCAGCUUGGGUCGUAACAUCGAGUUCAUGUUCCUGAAGGUGGCCGAGCUGGAGACUAUCGUUGAGCUGCAACAGGCUCAGAUUAUGUCCCUGACGGAUCGCCUGAAUGCGGUGGAAAACAAGACCGGCCUGGUGCAGAAGGAAGUCCCUAAGGAGUCCAUCCAUCAUCCCCAACAUCCAGAGAAGGUGCAGAAUAUCUUCAAAAAGGUCUGGAAGAAGCAUCACUAUCAGCGGGAGAAGAAACGCUUCGUGACUCCUGACCAUCCAGCCCAUCCUUCCCAGAAAGCGAAGGCUGAGGCAGCGAAGGCCGAGGCAAAGAAAAAUGAAGCGCUGCUGCAACGACAUCAGCAAGAGAAUCACCAAGAGGAUGAGGAUGAUGAAGUCGAGUUCCAAGAAGACUCUGACCAAGAUGUCUCAGACGACUUCGACGGCGAUACGAGUCAGUCGUUGAUUGACAGCGAAACGAACAGCCUCAGCAACUCCACUGGUUGGAGGAGGCGUCGACGCCGAUGGAUACGCCGCCGCAUCUUCUCCUCGGUGGUGAACACCGUGUCCAAUGCUGCGAGCAGUGCGGUCAACAGUGUCACCAACACCAUGGCAGAUGCCUAUUCACAGGCGGCCGAUAAGGUGGCGUUCGUGGCCAACACAGCCAUCGACAGCGUGGAGAUGGCCGUGGACAUCCUGACGCAGGGCUUCAGCGAUUGGAGCGCCGAUUGCCCCGAGGCCACCAAACCUUCGUUGAAUGUGGACUCCAACGGGGUUUCGGUGAAUUGGGGUCGACAGAAAUGCAGGAUCAGUUUGAUGGGACAGAGAGUCACCAUCUUCGAUUUCAACUUCGGCAGCACCAACGUCAACUGGCCCGAGCCUUUGAAGACGGUGGCCAAGCCCGGCUUCCCCGAGUGGAGUGCCGGUUGCCCCGAAUUCGCGCGGCCGUCGCUGUCGGUGAGCUCCAACGGUUUGGACUUGGACUUUGGUCGGCAGAAGUGCGAGAUCAGCAUGAUGGGCAAGACCUUGAAGCUCAUCGACUUCGACUUUGGCCGCACCAGCCUGCAAUGGCCCGAACCCUUGAAGACGGUGACAGAGUUCGGCCUGGCACCCAUCAAGACCAUGGUGGACCUGGGACGUCAGGCCGUGAAUUGCGCCACCGGAGGAGGGCCCUUGGAGGUCUUCAAAUGCUUCGGGCUGUUGAUCAUUGAGCAGGUACCUCCAUUGAGCUUCCUCACCAGGAUGGGUGAUAUGAUCCAGGAGUUCAUCGAAGUCUUUGCAGUGGUGGCUAAAACCAUUGUGAAAAAGGUGAUUGAGGAGAAGGCAUCACUACUCUCAGAGGCGGCCACCAGCAAGUUCCCGAGGAUUGGUGAGUCGCCAGCCAUCCACCAUGCGAGCAAGAACUUGGCGAUCAAGAAACACACCCGACGCGGGCCCGGAGCCAAGAAACUGGCCAAGAUGAAGCGUGCAUCGAAAACAUCGCUCUUGCAGGAGGGGGAUGAUGAUGGUGGAGAUUCGGAUUCACUCUUCGAGUUUGAAAUCCAUGAUAAUGAUGGCAACUAUGCCACCAAAUUGAUCACUCAGUUCGCUGGCAAGGAAAUCGACACGGCCUCCUGCCUGGCCUUUGCGCCCAAGACACGAAGUGGCUCCAACGGCGCGGUGGCGCAGUCAGAUUGGCAGGUGAAUGACGAAGAUGACUUCAUCAAAUUGGAGCCAUGGGCUGUGCCAUGUGACAACAGUUGGAUGAUGGAUAAGGAUCAUCUGACGAAAUGGGCGGGCUAUUCCUUCUACACCUGGGAGAUGGCGAUUGAGAAGUGCGUCACCGUUUCCUAUGCGCUCUCCAUGCAGCCUGUCUUGGCCUUCGUGGGCGGCUUGGAGUUCGACAUUCUCCCCGCACCGCUGGCGGAUAUCGAUACCAUGGUCUGCUGGCCGGACAAGCAACCAGGCGGCGUCGACCUGAGCGUCUUGCGGACCGUCAUCAGCUCGGGGGGCGUGAUGCUCUACAGUCGCACGCUACGAUUGGUGAAACGCUUCGGAGACAACACGGACUUUACGGACAACAACAUCUAUUCAGCCUACGAAACGUACCGCAACCCGGCAGGAGUGGCGGUUGGAAGUCAUAGUGUGGAAGAUGACCGUACUUUGGAGGCCAUGGACCGCACCGCUUCGCUGCUGCAAAAUCGCAGCCAGACGCCUGAACAACCUGAGUUGGUCUGGAGGGACCAGGAGCUGUAUUUGGCCACCAUGGAAUACGGCAAGCAUCUGGAGCAAACCAUCCUCUCUGAGCAUCGCAACCAUGCUGCGGCCCAUCGCUUGGGAUUGCUUCAGACGGACGCGACAAGCAGCGCGAAGAGCGGCGCAGAUGAAUUGCAACUCUUUCGCUUCCGCAAUCCUGGCCUGGUGAGUUUUGAGAUCAAGGGUGAGAUGGUGGGCAACCAGUUGGAUUUGGUGAUGCAGGUGAGCUUCGGGGGCUUCAAUUCACCCGAGAAGCGCAUCAAAUUGGUGGAUCUGGUGGAUCAGUUCGCGGUGGUGCUGACUGCCAUGCCCUUCGUCUCCGUGGGAACCAAGGCGAAAGCGAUCGCUGCGUUGAAGGGCUUCAACCAGGACGAUGUGAAGAAGGUCGUACCAAAGGCUUGGGACCUGGCGAGUACGGAGUACGAAGCCGAUUGGGGUUACAGCUUCGAUCACGAAGGCUGGAGCUUUUCCCCACCCAACACGGCCAUCACCGGCUUCCGGCGCAGUCAUGAGAACAACUUGUACAACUUGGAGGCCGCCAAAUAUCGCAGCACUCAGUUUGAUGAAGAGGAGUGCGAGUAUGUGAAUUUGAGUCCAGCCUUGGACAAUGCAAAUUCCUGGGGCCUGUGUCCAGAUGGCUACUUCUUCCAUGGCUUGAAUCCUGGCGACAUGAUGAACCGAGGGCCCUGGGAAUGCAAACACAUCGGCUGCAUCGAAUGGGGCAAAUGCUGCCGCCCCAAAGGGGCAGGUCGUUGGGGUCAGUGUCAGAUUGCAGAUUGGAGCACCAGCUUCGACGACACAGGUUCAUCAACCUGCCCCUUUCCAUAUGGCUUGGUCGGGCUGUACCGGAGUGGCACGUCCGGCAUCCAGGGGAUUGAGCUUGCCUAUUGCUGUGAACUCGGAGUUCCUACGAACACCGAAACCAACUACUACCUCUCGGCGACGGAAUAUGCGGCUGACUGGUCAAGUAGCUUUGAUAGCGCCGGCUGGUCCUCGGCGGAUGGUUUUAUCACAGGCUUUCAUCGUAGCAGUGGAACGGAGCUCUACUACUUGGAGACGGCUUUCUAUCGCAAACCCCACGAAGCUGGGACGCACUUGGAAUGA